GAUUUUUCCUCUUUCAUCAUAUUCGACCAUCACGAACAACCCCUCUAAGUUACUCACUGCUCAUUAAUUUCAAUGUCACAAAAACGUGAACUAUGCAAAAAAGGUUACCGAAAACUACCAAAGGAAAGUGAAAGAGAAUUAUAGGUUUCAGUGUCAAUUAUAAUUUUAAUUUCCAUUUACGUUUUUCUCAGAUCCGAUUUUCAGUUUUCCCACUCAAUCGCAUUUCCACGCCAAUGAAACUCCUUGAAAACCUUGCCAUUUUUUAUUUGCACUUUUUGAUUUCCGUUUCGUAAGGGAAAAGAAGUGAGGAUGUUCAGAUUGGAGCAGGAGAAGAUCCGCAAACGAAUUUGAUUCUCAAAUUGUUCUUCGAAUUUCGAUUGCGAAGGUGUUGCCAUGGCCGAAGCUCUCUCGGUGAUUCCGCCCGCCGUGCUUCGUAACCUCGCCGACAAGCUCUACGAGAAGCGCAAGAAUGCAGCACUGGAGGUUGAGGGGAUAGUGAAGCAGCUUGCUUCUGCUGGGGAUCAUGAUAGGAUAGUUGCUGUGAUCAGUUUGUUGACUACUGAAUUCACUUAUUCGCCACAGGCAAAUCACCGUAAGGGAGGGUUGAUAAGCUUAGCUGCUGCCACUGUUGGGUUGACAAUUGAAGCUGCUCAGCAUCUCGAGCUAAUUGUACCUCCUGUAUUGAAUUCCUUUGCCGAUCAAGAUAGCAGAGUUCGUUAUUAUGCUUGUGAAGCAUUAUACAACAUAGCAAAGGUUGUGAGAGGAGAUUUUAUUAUAUUCUUCAACCAGAUCUUUGAUGCCUUAUGCAAGCUUUCUGCAGACUCAGAUGCCAAUGUACAAAGUGCUGCACAUCUCUUAGACCGACUUGUAAAGGAUAUUGUGACUGAAAGUGAUCAGUUCAGUAUUGAAGAAUUUAUACCAUUGCUGAGGGAGCGCAUGAAUGUUUUGAAUCCAUAUGUUCGUCAGUUUUUGGUUGGAUGGAUUACUGUCUUGGACAGUGUCCCAGAUAUUGACAUGCUGGGCUUUCUUCCUGAUUUUCUUGAUGGUUUGUUUAAUAUGCUGAGUGAUUCAAGUCAUGAAAUACGUCAGCAGGCUGAUUCAGCUCUUUCGGAGUUUCUUCAAGAGAUUAAAAAUUCACCAUCUGUAGAUUAUGGUCGAAUGGCUGAAAUACUGGUACAAAGGGCAGGUUCUCCAGAUGAAUUUACUAGGUUAACAGCUAUCACGUGGAUAAAUGAGUUUGUUAAACUUGGUGGAGAUCAGCUUGUUCCAUAUUAUGCUGACAUUCUUGGAGCCAUUUUGCCGUGCAUAUCUGAUAAAGAAGAGAAAAUUAGAGUGGUUGCUCGUGAAACCAAUGAAGAGCUACGUGGAAUCAAGGCUGAUCCAGCUGACGCAUUUGAUGUAGGAGCAAUCCUGUCCAUUGCUAGGAGGCAACUAUCUAGUGAAUGGGAGGCUACUCGAAUUGAAGCUUUGCACUGGAUGUCGACCCUUUUAUCCAGACACCGUAGUGAGGUUUUGAUAUUUCUGAAUGACAUUGAUACCCUACUAAAAGCACUUUCAGAUUCUUCUGAUAAGGUUGUGCUUCUAGUUCUUGAUGUUCAUGCAUGCAUUGCAAGAGAUCCCCUCCAUUUCCGGCAGCUUGUUGCUUUUCUAGUGCACAGUUUCCAACUAGAUAAUUCCCUUUUGGAGAAGCGGGGUGCUUUGAUAAUUCGUCGCCUUUGUGUUCUUUUGAAUGCUGAGAGAGUCUACCGGGAACUUUCUGCAAUAUUAGAAGGAGAAUCUGAUUUGGAAUUUGCAUCAAUUAUGGUUCAGGCUUUGAAUUUGAUCUUACUUACAUCAUCAGAAUUAUCUGAGAUUCGAGAUCUUUUGAAGCAAUCACUUGUAACUCCUUCCGGGAAGGACCUAUAUGAUGCUCUGUAUGCCUCCUGGUGUCAUUCUCCAAUGGCAAUUAUAAGUCUAUGCUUUUUAGCUCAGACCUACCAACAUGCCAGUACUGUGAUUCAGUCACUGGUGGAGGAGGAUAUUAAUGUCAAACUUUUGGUCCAACUGGAUAAAUUGAUCCGCUUGAUGGAAACUCCUAUCUUUGCCUAUCUUCGAUUGCAGCUUCUUGAACCUGGAAGAUAUAUUUGGUUAUUCAAGGCAUUGUAUGGUCUUCUGAUGUUGCUUCCUCAGCAAAGUUCCGCCUUUAAGAUACUAAAAACUCGUUUAAAAGCCGUGCCAUCGUAUUCAAAUAGUGGUGAGCAAUUGAAGAGAACAUCUUCUGGGGAUCCCUACCAAUUUCAUAGCGUGCCUGAUGGAUUUCGAACCAUUGAGGAUGGUGUUGUUGUAGCCGAAGAUGGUGGGAGCUCACGUAAUGGAAUAAAUUUUGCUGCAAGGCUACAACAAUUUCAGCAAAUGCAGCGCCAGCAUCGUGUGCUUGCCAAAACACGGGCAAAGUCACGCAAUAUUUCCACUUCAUCGACAAAGGAGCCAAAAAGAGAGGAAGAACCAAUAAGAGCCCAGUCUGUUGAACGUAAUGUUCCUUCAAGAUCAUUUAAGAGAGGUCUAGGGAAGCUACGCUUAUAAUUUUAAUAUUUUGCUUCUGCUCAUUGAGUCUUGUCUAGAGAGUA